ACCGAUUUAAUAUUGGCAGAUGCGCAUUGGCGGUAUAAGAGGCCGUGCGUGGGGCUUGGCGCUAACGUGAGGUUGGAGAAGGUGCGGACGGAAGAGCUUCUUUUGUGUUUGCAGUGUUAAGCCGUAAUGUCAAAGAAAAAGCUAGAUUUUGAGGCAGACAAAAUGCAAUUGUCAACCGUUGUGACACCUAAGCCACAGGGUAGUCAGAAAUUGCCUGGAAGCAAACCUUCAAGUACUCAAGAGAGGGCGUCUGUUUCUCAGGUUAAAAUGGGAAAGAAGCAAAAUGGAAAAAGCAAAAAGACAGAGGAGGAGAAUGAGCCUGAAGAAUUUGUUGUAGAAAAGGUCAUUGAUCGCCGGGUUGUAAAUGGCAAGGUUGAAUACUACCUGAAGUGGAAGGGCUUUGGAGAUACGGACAACACAUGGGAGCCAGAGGAAAACUUGGACUGCCCAGAAUUAAUUGAAGGUUUCCUUGCAAAUCAAAAGGCUACUGUUGAGAAAACAGUUGAAAAAACUGAUUCCAACAAGAGGAAGUUGGAAAGUGAAUCGGAAGAAAGCAAAGCCAAGAAGAAAAAAGAAACUCCUGACAAGCCACGAGGUUUUGCUCGGAGUCUUGAACCAGAGCGAAUUAUUGGUGCCACAGACAGUAGUGGAGAGCUAAUGUUCCUAAUGAAAUGGAAAGAGUCGGAUGAAGCAGACCUAGUGCCAGCAAAAGAAGCAAAUGUGAAGUGUCCUCAGGUUGUAAUUGCAUUCUAUGAAGAGCGACUUACCUGGCAUUCGUGCCCAGAAGAUGAACAGCAGUGAUCCCUUUGCAAAAUAACAUACCAAGUUUUAUUCUAAUGCAAGGUAGCUCUGAACUUGCAGCUGUUGCGGUUUUUUUUUUAUUACUUUUAGAAAGUGUCGUAGGGAAGUGUACAUUUUUAAUGGCUUUUUUUUUUUUUUUUUUUUUUUUUUUUUUUAAGCACUGUGUUAACCAGUAGACACUUCUGACGUAAAAUAGAGGGAGUCUUUAUGAUUACCAUUAGGUGGCUAAAAAUGAAGCCCACAUUACAAAAUCUAUUGGAUGUUCUUUCUUGCAACUCCCUGAACCUUGGCAAAUUUGUGAUAUUACAGUUGUGAAAAAGGAAGAGAUUUAAUUCCCAUUUCUGGGUUCAUCCUCCUUAUCUAUUUGGAGCACACCUAGCUUCCCAUAUUGUUGCACAGAAAGCUGACAUCUGUAUAGUAAUGCAUUUCGACUUGCCCAAGUUAGGUUUUCUGUUUGAGCUGGAUGUUAGGUUUCUGCAGUACGAACAGCUGAUACUGUGUAUUUUUCACUUUUGUAAAUAUGUUUGAACUGUUCAAUAAAGUUUAUAUGCUUCUCUAA